AUGCCGCUGAGCAAAUCGUCCCGCUCUUCCAAGAGCAGCCGGCCCUCGCUUCUCUCACUGCCCUCCGUACACAGCCUGCUGUCGAACUCCUCCAAUGAGAGGGACGUCAAGUCCCCUGGAGGCUCGUCGGUAGCGAGGGCGGGCUCAGUCGACACAGUGGGCGAUGACGAGUCAGGCGCAAAGAAGCUACAGAGGAGGAAGUCGAGACUCAAUGUGCUGACGUCCUUCUUUGCGAACCCCAGCUCCCGUGGCUCGACACCCACCGAACCCGUCCCCAGCCUGCGCCCCAAAACAGCAACAGAGGCACUGCCUCCUACGCACUUAAGAACAGAACCCAUCCCGCGGAGACCCGUCGCCUCGACCGUCGAGCUCGCAACAAGGCCCGCCUCCUCCGACGGCAGCCCAAACUCCUCCUCAAACCCCCACGACUCAGUCUCUACCAUCGACAACUCCCCAGGGGCAGGCGGCCUUGGCAUACAGACCCCGGUGACCCAGGUCUCCGAUUACGACUUUGAUUUUGGCGUCGAACGUACCGAGUCUCCGGAGACAGCUGACACCGGAGCCGAAGCUCACUCCGGCGCCGACAUGCCACAAGUCAUACAGAAACAACCGAGGGCGGUGUCCGCCGAGGGUGCGCCCCCACUACCUCCGAAGGACCUUUUGCCACAAGAACAACCACCAACGCCUGUGUCACCGGUUGCACCAAGAUCCAGAGGAAGCGCAAGGAGCAGCUCUGCUCACCAGUCUUCUCCAGACAGGAGAGACGGGCCCACGAAAUUACAGUCCACCAGGCGCCCUUCGCCCUCAAACUCGACGCCACGCGUGAGAAGCAGCUCUGCGCAACCCUCGACGCAUAGGGAAGUCCUGGGCGAUGGCCCUCAGGCCACCUCCAAUCCGGCAGAUGCCGUCACAUACCCCAGGCCCAUGUCAAAACAGUCGAAUGAUGGCGGUGACAGCCGAGGAAGACUGCGAAGGAGUUGGUUGCCAGGAAAGAGCUCUGGCUCCAAGGACCUGAAGAAGAUGUCUGCGAGCAAGGCAUGGAUCCUAUCGGCUGACAACCAGGCCGACUAUAACACUGCGUUCCUCGCGAACAACGAGAAGGUUCCCGAGCUCUGGACUGAGAGUGGCGAUGUUCUUGUUUACCUCUCCCCCAAGGCCAGCGGGAAAGGGCCAUCUUUCAAGGUCUCAUCACAAGCAAUCGAGGCGUCGAUAGUAUUCCACGAGUUGAUCCAGGGAGAGCUGGAGGCGAGCAGGACCGCGAGGGAUAGGUCGAGGAGUUUCGAUGGGCGCGACAACUUGAUGGCCCAGGACGCUGAUCGCCAGCCGCAACAACCACUGAUGCCCGAGCCCGCGGACGGGGCAAUCCGUCUGUACCUCCCUCCUCCGGCUCCUGACCAGCUUUCUUCCCAAGACCCGAAGACACAACCCGAGCUGCAGCGCCUUGUAGCGAUCCGGAACCUCUUCGCCUUCCUGACGGGACAGCCGCUCGUCGCCACCAAGUUCCGACCGACCAUUUUCUCGGCAUUCCUCGAGAUCUCAUCACUGUUGAAGGAGUUCGAUUUCAUGAGCAUGGAUGGCACGACCUGGGGCGAGGGCGUUGACCUAAGCUUUGGUUUUUACAUGUCUCAGCUGUCACUUGCUGACGUGCGGCACAGCCGUGAAAAGACGCUAGAGGCCGUAAUCCUGGGCGAGCGCAUGAAGUGCUGGGAGCUCUACAACGAGGCCUUCACGCACGCGGUUGGAAAAUGGCAGGCAAUUGUCUCCCUGAAGUCGCCACUGGCCAAGCAGGUGUCUCCCGAGGUGUGGCGCCGUCUCGAGCGGUCGAACCUGGACCUGCUGAACCGUCAGCACAACGUCAACUCGAGGCUGGAAGAGUUCGAGUUCCCGGCUCUUUUCUCUGGCGUCGCAGGCUCUUCGGAGUUCAAGGAUGUGCGCUUCAACCGAUGGAAGUCGGCCUUCUCGAGGAUGCGGGGUUUCACCCUGGGGUACUACAAGUCCCUGUUCGGUGCCUGGCCGCCCAAGGCGAGGAGCAAGAAGAACCCAUUCUCGGAGAGCGGCCUGAACAGACUUGUCCUCAAGACGCUGUAUGCGGAUCUGUCAUCGCUCUAUGACCUGCUGGUGGACCGCGACUCGGUCACGCCCCGCGUCAUCGACCAAGCCGUCGAAGAUGUCUCCGACAAGGAGUCCAACGAGCACAUCAGGGCCCUGCGGAAGCUUCUCACAGAAUUUGACCAGUCCUCACCACCGGUCCUGCCUCCGAUUCCCUACGAUAUCCCCAUACUGCCGAGCAUGAAGACCGUGCAAGUCAAGUACGACGAGAUGAAAGAGAAGGAUCAGCUCAAGUUCGACCGCAACAUCAAGGACUACGAGCUCCAGCUCAUCAUGCACAAGUCGUACAACUUCGACACCGACAGCAUCAAGUCGCCCUUCCUCCUGCACUUCAAGGAGUUUGACCACGACCAUGCCAAGGGCAAGUCUCAGGCAGAGCUCUUCGACAACCGCCUCGGCACGUGGCUCUUCCUCUAUGUGGUCAUCCAGUCACUGCCGCUGCUCGUCAUCGACGCGCCCGACCUGCAGUUCACCGAGGGCGUCGAGUACUUCCUCUGCCAGCCGCCGAUGGGCAACCCGCCGUGGCUCGAGGAGGCAGGUGAGGUCCGCAAGGCCUGGUACCAGCUCCCCGGGUCACAGGUCAAGGUCGAGCUCUCGGCGGACGUGGUCAUGUUCUCGGUAGAGGGCACCUUCGAGCGCUCACACUGCUGGGAGGUCGCCAAGACGUGGGAGGAGGCCAAGGUGAACGGCGGCACUGCCGGGAUGAUCGGGCUGCCACCACCACCAGCGCUCGCCGAAGGGGCUGCCGGCUCCGCGUACUCACCACUCGAAGCACCGCGCGCCGUAUUCGAGGACAACGACCCCGUGAUGGGCAUGGGCGGCACCGGCGGCUACCACAGCAGCAACGGCAACUCGCCCGUGAGCUCUGCGCCGGCGUCGCCCGCCUCGGGCCCCCAGAGGCGCGUCAUCUCGCCGAACAGCGGGCUGGCCGCCGGCCGCGGGGCAGGUUCCAACUUCCGCGCGAGCUUCGCGGGCCUGUCCGCCCUCGAGCCGCUCGCGCCGCCCCUUGGUGCCGCGCCCGUUGACCGCCGCUCAAGCCGAGUGUACAGCUUCCAGGUGGCGCAGCGGCAGGACUCGCUCGGCCCGGAGCGGCCGCAGAGCUCGGGCGGGGCCUCCUCGCCGGGCACCAUCCGCAAUGCCAGGUCGGUUGACAACAUGCGCGGCGAGGCACCCGCUCGCAAGCCUGUCGGUAGCGGCGCUGGCAAUGGCCACAACCACACCCUCAGCAGCACCUUCGAUGACAUCCUCAAGGACAUGAGCAACCAGCAGAAGCCGGCCAAGCAGAAGAAGAAGUUCGGGUUCUAG